AUGAAUGCUCUACCUGAUUACAAACUCCAGCGAACCAGUCGUCAGACGGUGCCCGCGGAACUCCAUAGCCGGCAAUUGAACAGACUGUGCGAACAACGUGACCGGAAAAUCCCAUUUACUGGGCAGGAAAGCAGGCAAGUCAUACGUCCGCUGAUGCUGCUGCUGCUGCUGCUGCAUGCCAGUACUCAACCUCUUGAGGUUGCUCGCGCGACUCAGAAAACCCCCUUGAAUUUGGGAUGGGAAUUUUUCCCACACGCGGCAUGUUUACCAGACCUGGUCCAAUCCGACUUCCAUUUGUUCUGGUUAAUACAACAGCAGCACGCCCGAGUGGUUAAACAGUUCAAAACGCAGGACGAUGCGCGUAAAUCAGUCGAUGAUGACUUGAUUGCCUCGAAGCCUGCGACGCCAUUUGUGCGCUACCUGGGAGAUGGCGCAAGGUCAUGGAAAACGAUGGACAAUAUUUGCAAGGAGGUGUCGACAAUGACAACCAUGUCACUCAAAACGGUACAACGAAUUCCUUCUUCGCACACCAUGAAGUUCACGUUCCCGUCUUGUUCACUGAAUAACUAUCAGAUCUGCUCCAUUCCACAAGCCCUUCAACACGGCCUCGUUUUGAGGUCUGCCCACAUGCUCACACUGGUACCAGAUUCACUACAAAGCGGGUAUCGGAGAGCAGUUAGUGGUUGCGACGUCCUCGAUAACCCCGGAAACCAUCACCAGGCUUCAGCCGUCCGUGACAGCGAAUGUGCAGCUGUCCAUCACCAACCAAAUACCAAAAUGACAUUUGGGUGCAACCAAGGCCAACCUGAGGCCAUCCUAUCUGUCGCAUACUAA